ACUUCUAAAAUCACAGAGACAUAUUUACGCAAUUACACAACUCAUCCAUGGCUGGAGAGGUGUCAGAAGUGCGGUCGGUGCCGCUCUCGCCGGUGAUAUCGGCCCCUCCGUCUCUGAUACAGUCGCCGAUGGCAGGGAGAUCGCCGGCGAGGGUAACUCCUAGGGCGAGCCCGAUAAGAAAAGCAGUGGCGAACAUGAAAGGGUACUUGGAGGAGGUUGGCCACAUAACCAAGCUCGACCCACAGGAUGCUUGGCUUCCCAUCACUGAGUCCAGGAACGGAAACGCUUACUACGCCGCUUUUCACAGCCUCUGCUCCGGGAUCGGGUUCCAAGCACUGCUUCUUCCUGUAGCAUUCAUCUUCCUCGGCUGGACAUGGGGGAUAAUAUGUUUAUCCUUGGCAUUCAUCUGGCAACUCUACACUCUUUGGGUACUUAUUCAACUUCACGAAUCAGUACCUGGAAUUCGUUACAGCAGAUACCUUCAGCUAACAAAUGACGCAUUUGGAAAAAGGCUGGGAAAUCUGUUAGCUUAUCUCCCCAUAAUGUACCUCUCGGCUGGCAUUAGUUCUGCCAUCAUUGUGCUCGGUGGUGGGAGUCUGAAGCUCUUCUUCAACCUGGUUUGCGGCCCAAACUGUGAGUCCAAGCCGCUCACUACUGCGGAAUGGUAUCUAGUCUUCACCUGCUUGGCUGUUAUUCUCUCGCAGCUUCCAAACCUAAACUCCAUUGCUGGAGUAUCGCUGGUUGGAGCCGUUUCAGCUGUUUCUUACUGCACUAUAAUCUGGGUUGUGUCGGUCGGUCGGGGAAGGCUGGCCGACGUUUCUUAUGCUCAUGUGCAUCCGGGAAUGAGUGUUGAUAGAGUGCUUGAUGUCAUUAAUGCUAUCGGCAUCAUCGCUUUUUCCUUUAGAGGACAUAAUCUCGUCUUAGAAAUACAGGCGACCAUGCCAUCAACUCUGAAGCAUCCCUCUCGCAUCCCAAUGUGGCGAGGAAUGAAGGCCGCCUACCUCCUCGUAGCGUUCUGCAUGUUUCCCAUCGCAAUUGGCGGUUUCUGGUCCUACGGCAACCAGAUACCAUCGAGCGGGAUUCUCCAAGCCCUCUACCAAUUCCACAGCCGCGACACUUCCAACGUGGUGCUCGGCUUGACCACCCUGCUUGUCGUCCUCAGCUGCCUCAGCUCCUUCCAGAUCUACGCAAUGCCUAUCUUCGACAACAUGGAGGCGGGCUACACAAGCAAGAAGAACAAGCGUUGCCCCCGAUGGCUGCGAUCUGGCUUCCGGGCAUUCUUUGGAGCGAUCGCGUUUCUCCUUGCGGUGGCAUUUCCCUUCCUGUCGGAUCUGGCGGGGCUCAUGGGCGGGAUCUCGUUGCCGGUCACAUUGGCUUACCCCUGCUUCAUGUGGAUUCUGGUAAGGAAACCCAAUAAAUAUAGUGCCAAUUGGUAUAUUAAUUGGGCGUUGGGGGUCCUGGGGAUGGGCCUCAGUGUCGUGCUGAUUGUUGGAGGAUUGUGGAGGCUCAUCGAGUCGGGUAUCAAGUUUCGCUUCUUCAAGCCUCAGUGAUUGUGAUAUUUAGAUUUGAAACUCUUCUUUUUUUGGCUUUUGAUGUGGGUGAUGUGGACUGGGUGUUCGAAGCCUAAUUUUAUUGCAUGCAUAUAAAUAUAAUAUUUUGAGAGAGCGAAA